AUGUACCUAUGUAGUUUGGAUCAACUUUUGGAUACACUCGAGAACACAACUAAUGAAUAUAAUGUUGCAAAUGUUGCCAAACUGUUUACCCCGAUUGUCAAGUGCUUAACUUUUAUUUAUAUAAUUGUUUUGUCGACUACUUCACCAAAAUGUGGUCUCAAUUCACAAGUUUUGUUCAGAUUUUGGCUGUUUUUGUCGAUCGGAACCGCUUUCGUGAUCUCUUUGCCAAAACAAUGGCCGACAUUAGACUCGUUAGGCGAAAUCAAAAAAUGCCCCAAAACUGACUCCUCAUUCGUGUCUCGGCUGACAUUUUCAUGGUUUACACCAAUGAUUAUGAAUGGCUAUCGGAAACCAUUGACCACUGAAGACAUGUGGCCACUGGAGGCCCACAAUAUGGCCAAUAAUUGUGUCCAACAAUUCAACAAACAUUGGCGUCCAGUAACCGAAAACAAGAUCAAAGCACCGGUCAAUAUAUUGCCUCCAAUUCUGCGGACAUAUGGCCCGAGUUUAGCACUUAAUUCAAUGUUAAAACUGUUAGCAACUCUACUAACUCUAUCACAACCUGUAAUACUCGACCGAUUGAUCACGUUUUUGACCACCAGUGACCAGAGCACAGCUGAAUCCGAUUGUAUCGGCUAUACAUAUGCAUUGUUAUUAUUUGUCUGUCCAGUGCUGGCCUCAGUUCUGGACGCACAGCACGACUACUGGUCUAAUGUGAUUGGUAUGCGAAUGCGGACAUCGAUUACGUCCAUAUUAUAUGAAAAAGCCGUAAAACUGUCGAGCAAUGGCCGCAAAGACAUCACCGCCGGUGAUUUGGUGAACCUGGUCUCUACCGACAUGAAGUUUAUUGUGUUUUUCUUAUCGCUUUACCACACCCUAUGGGUUAGUCCAUUGAAAUUGUUUGUGUCAAUCGGGUUAUUGUGGGCACAGUUGGGUGCGGCCAGUCUGGCGGGUGUGAUAUUAAUGGUAAUUCUUGUGCCCAUCAAUACAUUCCAUACGUCAAUAUCGAACCGCAUGUGGGCUGAGCUACAGAAGCGUGCGGCCGGUCGAGUGUCCGCUAUUACCGAGAUAUUAAACCACAUAAAAGUGUUGAAGUUAUACGCGUGGGAACAGUGUUUCAUUGAUAAGGUGUCGGCGCUCAGGGCCAGUGAGGUGGACAUGUUGGACCAGGCCAUCAAGUCUAGUAUUUGGACCUCCUUUAUGUUUAACUCGAGCGGAAUUCUCGUAUCACUACUCAGUUUUACAACAUUUACGCUAAUCUCUGACCACAAUAUUCUGGACGCAAAUAAGGCUUUUGUCUCCCUAUCGUUGUUCACAAUAAUGGGUGGGCAAUUUCAACAAUUACCACGUGCUUUGUCGAGUGGUCAAAAGGUGUUAAUAAUUUUUAACAAAAUGAAUGCCUAUUUAAACGCCAAUGAAGUGAAUGAGAGUUUCGUUGACCACAAACACAAUCAAAGGACUCCUAUUAUUGUUAAAAACGGUUCAUUUAAAUGGGAUAACAAUUGCAACGAUUCUGUGCUCAAGAAUAUCAAUAUAGAGAUAGAGAGGCAGUCAUUGGUGGCAGUUGUGGGUCGUGUGGGCGCCGGC